AUAGGAUGGAACUUCAGAUUUGGCGUGGAGACUGGGGGCUACCCUCGAUUGAUCCUCAAUGUUUGGCUGUGAUUACAUACUGCAAGAUGUGCGGAUUUGAUGUUCCCAUGUCAGCGUGCAGGGGAGACUGGAAUGGUAAGAACCUUCCUGUACUCACACUUGCAGAGACAGAAGAGUAUCUGACUACACCACAGAACAUCAUUGGCUAUCUAGUAUACAAGGAGGUGCAGAUGGACGAACAUCUGUCCCCAAGAGAAACAUCAGAGAUUACAGCGAUCACAUCUCUCAUUACUGAGUCACUGUAUACUGCCAUCAUGUUUUCACUUUGGUUAGAAGAGAGUAACUAUCAGAAUGUUAUGUUGCCCUACUAUAGGAGCGUCUUCAAACUUCCUUAUUCUUUUCUUAAAGCUGCUCAAAUGAAGAGAUUCGUUAAAUGCAUGAUACUUGCAAGAUACAGCCUGGACGAUAACGUGGAAUUGCCUGAGAUAGCUGCCAAGGUAUUUGAGUCGAGCAAGAGGUGCCUACAAAUCCUGUCCACGAAACUGGGCAACAACCAGUUUAUAUUCGGAAAUGUUCCUUCACAGCUUGACGCCUACAUGUUCGCUCAUCUGUCUCUCAUCAGGUCAUGUCCGAUGAAGUCCCAACUUAAAGACGAUCUGGGGAAGCUCACUAACCUUAAUGACUAUACUCUCCGAAUACACAAGAAAUACUAUCCAAAGCUGUACAGAUUGUACACACCGGAAGACAUGCAGGAGAGAAUAACGUCAAAUCAAAUGUUACAACAGGUAGCGUCAGUAAGCGCUGUAGUGGUACUAGCUGCAGUCUUCAUCUGGUUCAGAUCACCUAACAGACUGCUUAUCAACGAACAGAGACUACGCGAGGAAGAUGUCCAAUAGCAACUACAACAAUAAAGGAUGUCUAAUGUUUAGUAGAAACUAGAGGAUGUCUAAUAGCAAGUAAAGGAUGUCCAGUACUAGUAGGCACAAGACGAUCUUGAAGAUUAAUAAGGAGAAUUUAAAAUGUUUAAUGAAUACAGGAUUAUUAAUUUCGCACUAAUGACACUAAUGAUAGGUGAGAAAUAUUAUAUAAUAUUAAUUAGGAGCAUUGAUUAAUAUUAAUUAGGAGCAUUGAUCAAUAUUAAUCAGGAGCAUUAAUUAAUAUUAAUGAAUUGUCCACCGUCAGGCCAUUACAACGGGCCCUUUGAUACCAUAGUCCUGUUAUCACUAGCAGUUCGACUCUUUAUAUUUGUAUACAGUACGGAGAGUGAACGUGUAAGAUUUUAUCAUGCGUGUUUUGAACAUGGUCAAGCCAGAAAAUACAGAGAUUCUGAAAAUACAGAGAUUCUGAGAUAUAUCGGAAAUAAAUAACACUGAAUAUGACACUACCAAACAGAAAGCCUCAAUCCCGUACACGCUAUCAAUAAGUUGACUCGCCUGGGGGUCACGCGAAACUCAUUAUUCUAUAUUGAACGUACGUCUAUUGUAGCUUCAGUUUUCUAAACCUUUGAAUAAUUUCGAUUAAAUUUAGGAAAUAAUUAAAGCUUCAGUUUCAACCACCCAAUGACCUUGCCUUAAAACCUAUUAUAGGUAUAGUCAGUAAGUAUUGGUAACCAAUUUUAGCGAGCAGGAGCCUAUAAUAAACCCCGAAUCUAAGUUGUAAAGGAAUUUAAUCGAUCGCAAAAUGUUUUUGAAUUAGAUAAUUUUCCCGCAGCUGAAUUACCUGUUCUAGAUUAUGAUCUAGGUUUACUCAACGUACGUACACAAGAAAAUUGUCGCUAGGAGGUAAGGAUUAAUGCACCAUUUGAAAUUCUGGUCUCAAUUUGAUCCAUCAUAUCCAAUAUUUGAUUCACGUUGUUAAUAAGGAAUAUCAUAGAUGUUUUGUAUAUCGUCAAUUCAACAAGGAGAAUGCACAACUCGUUGAUUUAUGCGACACAUAACAUAGUUACAUGUGAUAAAUCACAUAUAAUAUGUAAUUAAAGCGACAUAUUACACAUGAUAAUUCACAUAUUGCACAUGAUAAACCUGCUCACACGUCAGUGAAUGAUGGUAUGUGGCAUUAGUGCCAUUGUUUAACCCGAGUAUCUGUUGUGAAAAGCACGCUUUAUUAAAAGUACGCUCAGACACCCACUCACACACACUCUCUCUCUGGCACAGUAUCUACGAAACCAGGUCACUCACAGUUCAAAUACACAGUGUAUUGUGCGAGGUUGUGUCUUACUCGUGUUUUAGUUACUAUUUAGUACCUACUUGUUUUUAACACCGUAUAUGUGGGUGGAGUGUGAUAGUUGGUGUGUUUUAGUGUUUUAGUGUACGUUAACACUUUAUAGGACCGGUUAGUGGGUGGAAUAUAACACUUUAUAAUAGAGCAGUCUAGUGUCAAUCAUUGUGUUUGUUCAUUGGUUCUACUAUCAAACGUUUGGUUUGCUUUGGUUUCUAGAGCUACACGCCACAUAUGUCCAGGUUCAUUAUAAUAUAUAAUGGAGGACUUCUAGGCAAUGUGCUUGGUUGUGGGACUACUAUCAAACGUUGUCUGAUGGUAAGUACUAAUUUAUUCAUGUUAAGUGGCUGUGUUCAAUUCCUAUAGAAUUAUCGGGGUUGUUCCUUUUUCGCUUCACUAUCCUGCUAGUCUUGAUGAUGCUUGUGUGAUAUUAUAUGAAGUGUGAACUGUGAAGGGUGUGAUCGUGUGCACCAGCACCUCAUAAUAGAGCAGUCUAGUGGCUGUCUUGUCAUUUGUUCAUUGGUUUUUGAGAGUGUUAACACUCGCUCAGUGCGGAGGAACUAUGUGGUUUGUGGUUGUGUUUUUUAUCGUUUAGGGAAUCUUCUAGGAUAAUGCUCGGGAUAUUUUACAGACUAUCUUUUACAUGGCUGUCUUGAUUAUGGUUCUGUUGAAUUAAGGAGAUGUCCCAAAUUUCACUGAGAGGGGUUGAACUGUUUCUUCUUCUAAGGGCACUAUUCUUCUUUUAAUUAUAACGUUUGACCUUAAAGUAAAACGAUUCAUCACUAAUUAAUCGAACAGAGAAAUAAAAUCAAUCAAAGUUCUCAUACUGUACGACUAAUAAACUACCAGCUGCUCUUGCAAAUCCUUUCCAAUUAUAUUAUUCUGUUUUUAAUAAAUAUAAGAUACAGUGCGUAAAUGAGUGCGUCAUCACCUACGUUAGUUGUAAAAUACUGUUGAAGUGUGGACGAUACUAGAUACAAGAUAAUGUUGUCAUAAAGCUUUUGGGAGGAAAUGCAGGCUUCGUUAUCAAAAUACAUUUUUUAGAGUUGAAAAUUUUAUAUUUUUGUGGCUGCGGUCCGAUUACUAUGAGUUUUAUUAAGUUAUUACACGUUAGCACACAUUAUGACUUCCUUUCCGUUCGGCCAUGCUUCGAGUUGUUAAGCCAAUUUUCGUGUUAAGCUUUCAUUUUCUUAUUACAUUAGUUAAGUUAUUAAGGUUAAAUAGAUACAGUACAUGUAUCAUUUAGGCUGUUGUGAUGGUUAUUUUGUACAUUUCCUUACAUGUUUGUAAGUUUUGUCAUUAUAUUUGUAUUUAAUGGAA